AUGUCUGCACUUGACCUUACCGUCAUGGACCCGACUCUUCUAACCCCAGCCCAGCGUAUCAUGCGUGAAAUGCAACUUCAGGCCACUAGCCAACCCCCCACCAACAAUACCGAGUCUGAUGAUGACACUUUUGACACUUCCGACAAUUUGCCUUCACGCACACCACACAUGUCAAUCUCAAACUCACAGGCUGAGCGACAGGCUAUUCUUGCCACUGCAAAUAGUGUGAAGACGGAGCUUGGUCUCUCACAAAAGUAUAGUGGUUGGCUCGAUAAAUUUGUCAAUUCCUCCUGCGCAGAACAGGUUAUUCUCAGUGCUGCAUUCAACCUUUACAAUGCCCAGCUACUAGAGCGCCUUGCCAAGGCAGAGAAAUACACUAUCUCAGAUGGUUUGAAGAAAAUCCUCCAAAACUAUUCCAUGGUUUUUCUCAUGAACGGGCAUCUCUCAUCCUAUCGGGGUCCCAUUGCCGAUGCUCUAAUUGGGGCAUUGCGUGAAAUCGGAUAUGAGGAGAUUCCACGUUCUCAUGACAUUGCCAAGCUCAAUGUUAUCCGCAGGCUGUGCAAUGAAUUUCUUACUCAGGAUCGUUACAAUCUGAAAAAGAAACUUGAUGCAUCUGUGAAGCCGAAUGCUCUGUUUGCAAAUAUCGCACUUCUCGCUCAUACCUUGUGUAAGAAGUUCAAUAUUCCAAUCACUAUUGAGCUCCUUUCUCGGCUUGCAGUUUUGCGUUGGUCCCUCAAGCAACAUCCAGAUGCAAAUGAUGAAGAUUUUUGGCCAAAUGUCGAUAAUGACAUUGCUCAAUGGCGGGGACCUGGCGGUCUCAAGAAUCCUGACAAUGUUGCAAUAUGGCAAAUGUUUAAGUACAUCUACGAGAAUGAUACAAAAGAGUACGGAACACCCGGUUCUACUGAUAUUAUCAUCAUUUCAAGCUCAAGUCUUGGCAAUGACAAUCAACGGGAUAUUAUUGACAAAUGGGCAAAACAGGUGCAGCCGCCAAGUAACACCGACAAGGGACGGAAACGUUUGAGAAUUGACGAGGACGAGCCAGAGGAUGAGGAAGAGGGUAGUCCCGAGCAUGUGGCAUCUGAUGGGGGUUUCAGCACUGGAGGAAAUGGUGGGAGUAGUGAAUUCAGCACCGCAGGUGACAGCGGCAGUGGUGGUGGAUCCGAUUAG